GAAUCUAGGCUUCCCGUUGCGAACUGGUAACGCCCUACGAGUAGAAGUGUCGUCCCGUUUGACAUUACAAGUUAUUUACAUUUCACCCGGCUAUAGUGCGGCCGCUUGCUCCUCAAACACUUGGAAAUAUAUUCCAAAUUUUAUCACUGAAACUGGUCUUAGAAUCUCAUUCUGGGCCAAGUAUUCACAUCUAACGCACAGUUACUAUCUAAAACUAAGCCGAAACGCACGAUGUUUGGUUAAGAAACGAAAUUGUUCCUUUGAACCUGCGAAACCGAAACACCCUCGAAUCUGCAAUGAGGGGCACUCGGCGUUCUACGAUCCUCACUCGAAAUGAAAUGUCCAACUUCCUCAAGCGAGGGCGAAAGACAUCACGGGACCAAGUCGAAAUGUACGUUCACUUCCUCGAGGAGAACCCAACUGUGGCGAUGGCUCGCAGCAACCCCACAAAUGACUCCGUCAUCAACUCACUUUGGGAAAGCUUGACUUAUCGAUUGAACUCCUCGCAGCAGGGACCAUUGAAAUCCUUACAACAGUGGCAAGAGACAUUCGCAAAUUGGCGGUAUCAGUUGAGAUUUAAGACGCGGAAGCUGAUUCAGCGCCAGGGGGAUGCUCUUGAGCUCCUGGAAUUGAGCGAUUUAGAAGAAAGGGCGCUUCGAGUUUUCACGAACAUCACCUUCAACGAUUCAGAACCUGCCCAAACAGACAAUGGUUCUUCGGCGACGAACAGGAGGUUCCCGCGAAGGAAAUUCACACGGAAACGAACAAGGAGCUCAACGUCGCCUCAAGACCACUGUCCUGUCACGCGCAAUUCUAUGUCCGUUGACUCCUCAUCCUCGCAAAUUUUCGAGAAGCAACUCGACUGUGAAACGAAUUCCUUCUACGAAUACUUCGCUCCUGAACAAAAGCCACAAAUAAUAAAUGAACCUGCCGCAACCACUCCAAUAUUCGCGGAAACUUCUUCGCAAACGGACAAAGAAAUAAGUGAAAUUGAUCCUGGUGGACAUCCUGUUGUAACGCACACCACGGAGAGUCAAGUGGAUGCGAUAAACAAGCUAGAAAAGGCGGUCAACUCAUUGAAUGACACCUUGAAGCGCCUGGUGCAGGUCCAGACGGACAUGCUUUCGACCAUGAAUCGAAGGUGAACAGCUCGGUAUGAGGUUUACGAAUUCUAGUCCUGAUCUAGUGAGUACUGUUAGUCGUAAUUUAUGAAGAAAUUUUCGAAUUAAUACCAAAUGUGAAUGUGAUCAGUUUUAGAAUAAGUUGGGAAUAAGGUCGCCGUUUUUUCGGUGAUUUCAUGUGAGUUUUGGGUUCCUAAUGUGUAGCGCAAAAAAACUUGUGGGCAACGCAUGUCAUACAUAAAUAACUAAAGCCAUUUGGGAAUAUGAGCAUCAGGUUAGGAUAAAAUGAAUUGCAUGUGUCUGGAUGGAUAUACGUUAUUUUUGAGUAAAAUAACACAAUAUGCGAAUGAGAUCUGCUACGUACAACGAAUCUACCACGAGCCCCUCUAACAUUUGUUGAUGUUGACAUUGUUUGUUCCGCGAGGUCCUUCAAGCUAUUGAUGUUUUAGCCACGCAGGAUUAAAACACUACUCUUGGUUUCCAUUAAAUUAUAUUACACAAUGUUAUCAUCUUCCGCUUAACAACAAAUGCAAUAAUUUUGCAUGAAUUAAAAUAAUUAGAAAGUUGCAGAUUUAUAUAAAACUUCCGAACCGUCGAGGUCGGCGGACGUGACUUGAUCUUUUUACUCUUUGUUACAAAAACCGACUUCUCUAACAUCUUCUUUGCCCCAGUCUCAUGUCAGACUGUCAGCUGUUUUUGCGGCCAUUGAAUGCAGCGGUGGAGGCAAAUUCAUGUUGGUGCAUAGGUUCGCGCCUCCGAUGUAUCGCCACAAUGUUGUGUCGAACGGUGUGGUUGAACGGCAAAAAAAUGUCAACAGGGAGUAAAUCGCCUUACGCUUUACUUCCUUAUAUACUUUCUACACGACG